UCCGUUAGCCGCAGAUGCUAACGAGCAGCUAACCGAGAGCGGCUCUGUUGGCUGCGUUGACAAGCGUCAGUAUCACGUCUAAAAAAAGGAUUUUCGUUGUAAUUCAUCCACUUGAAAUUCCACAUAUUCAACCAGGACGCUGUUCUACGACACUACAGUCAGGAGGGAAGACGCUUUAAACUCUCACCUCACGGCUGCAUCAGUCAGUCUGCCUCCCUCCCUGUGGAAUAAAUCCUGGCUCUCAGCUGAAGAUGGAUGUUUACUUACCGGUAUAACUACAGCCUUUGAAUCAGUGAGAUCUGCUGCCAGAUGACCAGGAGACCUCACCAUGAAGCCUGUCAGCUAUCAAAGCAUGCCGUCAUCUGUGAACGGUGGGCAUUCAAAUGUGGCACUGGAUCGUGUGUUAAGCACUUCAAACGUGAUGUAUUGUGAAAAAUGUGGAUUUGCAUCCACAGAUGGCGCAUUGUUCAAGAAGCAUAUGUUGGAGCAUAUGCAGACAAAGUUUUACUGCUUUUAUUGCAACAACGUCUCCUUCAGUGAGGCUGAAUUAGCCGUGCACCUGAAGCAGCACACUUCAAAGUAUCCAUUCACGUGUCCUCACUGUGGACAGGGCUACAUGAGGAGGCUCUGCCUUGUGAAGCACAUUGACCGUUUGCAUAGUAAAAGCAUUAAUCAAGGACCUGCUAAGCCUGGCAUGACAAAAACUCCACAGAUUCCUGUCUCCAGUGCCUUAAGAAGCGUGCCCACUGCUGAUCCAUCUUCUGUUCGACCAGUUGUUCGAGUGACAGUACCCACCCCGUCUGCACCUGCUGCCAGAUUUGGAAAAGAUGAACAGAGAGGGAAAACACUGGACACAAAUGUAUCAACUGCCACUAAUGGUAAUGCAGAACUUUUGUCCCCUUUGAAUGGACUCAUUCAGCACAACAGAGCACUAACAGUUUCUCUUCCUGAGGAGGUAACUAUCCCUGCCGGCUGCUUGGUUGAACUUGUGGAGGUGAAAACUGUCAAUGGGACAAAGGAGCUAAAGCUGAGGCUCAUCUCUCAACAGGAAAACGAGUCUGUAAUAAAGGACACAAGGACCGUGGCCUCUCAAAACACUGCACUGGGAAAGCCUUUGUCUCCCACAUUUAGUCAUCCAAACAUGGUGUGGUCUACGAGUAUGGGCAUGUGCACAGUUAACAGGAAACAGAAUGAAACAAGGACAGUCAAUGUGGAGCGUCCUGCUGUUAUCCCUGUCAGUACUCCCAGCAACCUUGUGAACCCAAUGAGCAAAGAAAAGAGCGGAUUGAAAAGAGCAUCUCCAGAAAUAAUCAACCUGGAGUGCAACCCAGGCAUCCCAAACAAGCUCCCCAAAAGCAUCCUCAGUCCUGUCAGAGAAGGUAACAGUGUCAUCAGCGUCACACAAACGGCACCUGUUAGCCACAAUGCAGCUCCUAAUGCUCUGCCCUCUAAGGUUGCUAACAGGUUGAGUACAGCACUGCAUCCAGACAGCAGGGUGACAAGCAUCUCCCAGAGAGUGGUGGAUGAGAGAAAGAAUGUGAUUGUAGAUCAUUCAAAGAGUAUCCCACCCAGGAGGGUGUGUGACACAAAAACCCUUCCUCAAAAUGUGCCGUUGGCUGUGAAGCUGGAACCUCGGGCGAUGCACCUCAAGAGCAACACUGUUUCAAAACCAAUGAAAGAGACGGUGUCCUUGAACCAGCAAAGUUUGAAAUCGACUUCUCCCUGUUUAAGUGUUCCAGCUGUCCAAGUGAGACCUCAAGCAAUUUCUGUUGGCAAGAACAAUGUUGCAAAUCAGUCCCCGAUCAAAACAUCUGUCCUCUUUAAUCGCACAAGUUCAAAGACCUCAACUUGGACUCAGGAAGUGAGACCAAAGGAGAUGGCAAGAGAAGGACAUGUGUCGGAACAUGAGAGUUUCCCUGUCAUCUCCUCUGUGUUUUCAUUAAGUCAGCAGCCAGAGGAAGCCCAGGGUUCCAUUCAGCCUUUGGUAAUGGCUCUGCGCGGCAUAGUGAUGGAUAAAAGGAGCAGUUCUGGCAGUAAAACUCAAGAUCACGUUAAGAUAACAAACAGCACCGAGCAAGUGAGCGCUGCUUCAACAUUAUGGCGUUCACAUCAGGUCGCCCCAAAAAGUGGAUCGUUUAUUCGUGACCUGUUAUUGACAAAGCAGAAGAGUGAGUCUGUAAAAGUAGAAGAGCAUGAUAAAGGUGUUCAGCAACCUAUUGCACUGACCAACAACCAUGUCCAUGUCAAAGAAGAAAAGAAUAGCACUGUACAGACAGACAGUGUUCAAAGCAGUCACAUUAAUGCUUCCAAAUCUUCAACAGAUGAGAAAUCUACAGUUGUCUCACAUGUAGAGGAAUCAGAGGCUGCCAAAAGUGAGCCUGACAUCCCCUCAAAGUUUCUGACUGUCUCUCUGAAAAGGGUCCAAGUAGGCGUGUGGAAAAAAGCAAGAAGGGACUGAAACUUAGAAUAUCCAAAUAUAAGACUGAGGUCCCUGUGGCCAGUCUGACUGACUGUACGGUGAUUUACCCGAUGCCGCUGAAGGUGGACCAACUGGUGAAACGUCCGGGUCCGUACCAGCCGGU